UGUCUUACGAUCUGCAUGCUUUUACUCCAUAACAUAAUUCGCAACACUCGAGCAAAUACGUUCCCAUUUUUCUCCAGCUCGGCCAUCGUGCUUUAUGGAGGGCAUCAAGAGCCAAGAAUGUAUUGGCUUUGUCUGGCGGCAUUAGCUGCGACUGCGGCAGCGCAGAGUUCUUACGACUUAGAAUCAAGAGUUUCUUUUCCCGGUAAAUCGUCCAGUUUAGGACCACUGUACUCGUCUGGCCUCGGCGGUGGUCAAGGUUUCCGCGAUAACAGCUACGAGGAUAACAUUGUAACACCAACGCCGUCCCCGACGCCUGCCUACAGAAAUCCCAGCAGUCAACAACCCCUAUACCGUAAGCCAUCUCUCGAUCAAACAGCCAUCAGAGUGAAUGGACCACCACGUGGUAGUAUUGUUCGUGGUGGACAACCGCAAAAUGCUCGGGAGGUUGAAGAAUUAGAAGAGAAAGAAGAGCCCGACCGUUUGACUCUUCUAUUACCACAAAGUAAAUUUGAUUGUGUGAACAAGCAAACGGGCUAUUAUGCUGAUGAAGAUCUUAAUUGCGAAGUCUUCCAUUAUUGUCAAGAUAACGCGAGGCACUCUUGGAUCUGUCCCGAAGGAUUUACAUUCCAUCAGGUUCAUUUGAUUUGUAUGCCCCCGAGCGGUGACAUCAACUGCAAGAAGAGCUCGCAGUAUCAUUUCGUCAACGAGUACCUCUACAAACCAUUGAACUUGGCUGAAGCUGAGACCAAGCCCAACGUAACCUUGAGAUAUAGCGAAAGAUUUUUCCCCGCAGACAUUCACCCGGACGAGCGCGAAGUUGGUGAUUAUCAGAUCACUCCCUCUGCGCCUAUUCGCCGUCCUACUCCACCUGUGUACGCGAGUCCCCAACCAGCCACGUUGAACAGUAUCCCAUCGUCGGCGCGUCCACAACCAACGGGUUUUCCUCAAUUUCGUUUACCAGUGAAUCAAGUUUUUCGUAGCCCCGAGGAAGUCAACAUACCUCUUCAACAUAGACGGCCGCAACCUCAACACCAGACAUCUGUGAGAAGAUAUCCUCAAGUACGACCUGAUGACGAGGAGUAUGAAUAAAUUCGAUCGGCAUUCGUUUGAUAAUUAUCAUUCAUCGUCGCAAUCAUCGUCACAUUUUUUGUCAUUAAUUAUAUUACAUCUGGUGUCACCAUACAUCUUAAGUUAAAAUUACAAGGAAGAAACUUGGAAUAAUUAUUAUAUUUAUUCGAAUAAAGUAUAGUUGUAGUCCUGUAAAUUAA